ACUAGUCACGUUUCACACAUAUCCUAGCUAUCAUCAUGGAGUCCACACGUGAGCAGUACAUCCUUCCGGAUACACCUCCUCAACAAGAACCAUCAUUCCCAUCUUACUGGGCAGCGCAAGCUGCGCGGAAGAAGAAGAUUCCUUCUACCAGUGGUGCUCCCCCUGCUGCAUCCGAGCCCGAGGAGUCGCCCCUGAAGAGACAUGGAGUCUUCGUGGAGAGAGGGAUGAGCGGCGAUGAGCUCAUUAUACCAGACACACCACCACCAUCUCAUCUAGGAUGGGCACCGAAGCGAGUGCCGCUAACAACAAUUACCACCAACAGACAGCAGGGGAAGAGAAAACUGCAAUUUCUCGAGGAGGAGGAAGAAACCAACUUCGUACCCUCACAGAAACGUAUGUCUGAGAACACCUCCAUGGCUCCGCUACUGGAGGAGGCAGCCGCGCGGGAUGAUGAUGAGGACUUCAUCGCACUCAUCAAUAACCCAUCACCAAAACCGUGGAUGCCUCUCCGCGAGCUGGCGGAGGAUGUUCCACAUGCUAUAAUCUCAGUGCGGGAGGAAACGAACCAUCAUGGUAGAAGAAUUAUUUUGAAAAUUAAUAUUGCAUCUACGAAGAAAAUCUCUGAGGUAUACCUGCCUCAGAGAUUUUCUUCAAUAAUUUCACCUGCUAAAGUUGUUAAAUUUAAUUCGAAGUGUAAAAAUUUAGGAAUAGUAGUGAAGCAUAUAACCGCUACAUGGAGCGAUAUUAAGAUUGUUAAAAUGUAA